GCCUGGUUUCCUUAUACGUUAAAUGUCAGAUUUGUUAUAAACUACAAACUCUUAGCUGGGCCCGCCGAAAUGGGCGAGCAUAAUCUCUUUAAUCCGGGGUUUGUUGGACAAUUGGUUAACAUUAAUGCAAGAGAUGCAUUUUACCUCUCCAAUUUCCGUGCGUCGGGGGGACAGCUAGCGGGACUACAAACCCUCCGCUUAUCCAGAAGGGAUAAUGUCUGCUCUUUGCCUUGGAAUCCAUCGGAACCAUGCAGUGGAUACCCACAAUCUCAUAUUAGCGGCCCCGUUACCCUAAACCCCACAUACAAUCAAUCAUGCGACAUUACUCGGCAGGAAGACAACAAAUGUUUUUAUAGUGACAGUGCAUGCGCCACCAGCGGCGGUGGUGACAAUAACAGUACCAAUCUCAUAUCAAAAGAGAAAGCAUUGGAUAACUCAUCAGUAUCCAUUACUGCAGAGAACGGACUGAACAAUCUGAACGGAAUGGACAACGGGGGAAGUUAUUCAAAAUAUGACUGCCUGACACCUGCAGAACAUUCAAUCCCAAAUCCUCGCUUGUGUCGGUCUCUUGAAUCGCCUUCUGGCUCUUCGUUCAUAAACGAGGGGGCCAAGACCUCAUCAGGCAUCACGCAUUCACUAACAUCCCCUGACAUCCAAACAAGUGUUGCAGCACUAAACGGAGGUGCUCUGUGGUACCCAAUGCACAGACAAACCCGAAAGAAACGUAAACCAUAUUCAAAACUUCAGCUGAACGAGUUAGAGGGCGAGUUCAUCCUCAACGAGUUCAUCACCAGACAGCGGAGGAGGGAACUGUCCGACCGGCUAAAUCUCACGGACCAACAAGUGAAAAUCUGGUUCCAGAAUCGUCGAAUGAAGAAGAAAAGGCUGUUGAUGCGAGAGCAGGCUUUAUCUUACUUUUAGAGCAAUGGAUGAUGCUGGAUUAUUCAUAAACUGUCGACAGGACACAUCCUAUUUGAACAUAUUGCUGAUUGUUUGCAAAUUACACGCAGUUGAUUUGUAUGACGCAUAGUAUCAGUUCGCACUGCACAACUAAUAAUUCCUUCUUGGCCAUUAAGCAACCACUGUUUUUAGUAACGCAUGGAACUACACGAUAUAUAAAACACCCUGCAUCAUGCAUACAUCUCGAAAUGAUUGAUAAUAUAACAUCAGGACAAUUAUUAUUAUUAUAUUUAUUAUUGCUGUUAAUAAAAACAACAGUUUUAAAACAAUAAUAAAGCUUUAUUUUUUCUGUAACACUGUGCACAGCUUAAAUGCCUCAAAAUGUGAUUCCAUCAUGCACCUUCGUACAAACAGCACAUUAAAGACAUGGGUGUAAAUGUCGAACUAUUCAACAGUUUCAUUAGAUUUCCUAAUUUCUGUUUAUGCAAAUCCUUGCAAAAACUCCCUAUGAGCUGACAUCUCAUUGGUACAAUCUGCUCACGCAAAGAGUUGACUUUAGCGGUUGAGGAUACAUCUUAAAGUUUUAACUAUUUAACUUCUAUACACGAUUCAUAUAUCACAAUUCAGUCUAAUAAUUCGUAAGAACAUAAGAUCUUGCCAGCAUCUCUCAAAACAAGACGCAAUUAUGUUGAAACCGCAAUGAGCAAGACCCUGAACUCCAUCUAAACAAUAGGAGGACAUUUUUCCCGAAAUGAUCAUAUAUGAUAACUGCAGAUUUUCAGGGUAAAGGAACAGAAAUACAUUUUAAAAGAAUAUUGCUAUUAUAAGACCAUCCCUGUGGUAAUUUUAGCUUAUAUGUAAAAAUGAAGCUGUGAUAGCAAACUCCUGGUGCUUCGGUGAUGUCCAGACAAAAGGGCAGAUCGUGGAUAUGUCCCUGAUACAGUAUUUGCAUGCGACAGUGCUUAUAGCGCUAGUUUAUUGAAUAUUCAAAGCAAUGUAUAAAGUUAUUGUGGAUAAUAGGAAUUUAUAAUCAGUGCAAUGUCUUGUUUGUUUUUUUGUUUAAACAUGUUACCUGGUGGUUAAUGUCUGUUACACCAAUAAGCAUUAAAUAAUUGAAUCAGUGUAAGUGUGCAAUUUAUUUCUAAUAAAAGUGUUCACCUGUGUAA